UUGAUGCUCUCAUGACAUUUACCCGGUGUCCUGGUGUCUCAACAGGCCAUGAUCAUUGCUUUUAGCUCGGACAUGAUUCCCCGGCUGGUCUACUACUGGUCCUUCUCUGUGUUUCCCUACGGACAUCACUCCAACCACACCAUGCAGGGCUACAUCGAAAGCUCGCUGUCUAUAUUCAACAUCAGCGACUUCUCUGAUCGGAGCAUGCCCAUGAGGACACCUUACAACAUCACCACCUGCAGAUAUCGAGAUUUCCGGUACCCCCCCGGGCAUGCCAUGCAGUAUGAGUACAAUGUCUACUACUGGCAUGUGAUCGCUGCCAAACUGGCUUUUAUAAUCGUCAUGGAGCACAUUGUUUACCUCACGAAUUUUCGUCCUUCCUACGUGAUCCCCGACGUCACGUUACAGGUGAAAGAGCAGAUCAGACGAGAGAAGACGCUGACCCAGGUCAUCCUCCACUAG